AUGACAAAUUUCCCUAGAGGAUGGUCUGGUCUUCAGUCAUUUCCUAGAGAAAUUUGGCUCGAUAGAGCUGGAAAGCAAUUGAUUCAGUGGCCUAUCGAAGAAAUCGAAACGCUAAGGACAAACAAAGUCGAGUUACAAAAUAUAACACUAAAAGCAGGUUCAAAGAUUGAAAUCUCAGGUGUUACCGGUGCACAGGCGGAUGUAGAAAUUUCCUUCUCAAUCCCAAUGGCAAUGCUCGAGCAGGCAGAGGUGCUGGAAUCAAACUUGACUAAUCCACAAGAGAUAGCCAACCAAACUGGUUCAUCAACCAACACUGGUGUAGGACCUUUUGGGUUGCUAGUCUUGGCCUCAAAUAACAUUGAAGAACAUACUGCAGUGUUCUUUAGAAUUUUCAAAAAGAAUGACAAAUUUGUUGUGCUAAUGGGCUGUGACCUAAAAAGGUCAUCUUUGGGUAAUGAGUAUGAUAAUAAAAUCAAUUAUGGAGCCUUUUUGAAUGUUGAUCCUGUUACAGAAAAUUUGUCGCUGAGGACUUUGAUCGAUCAUUCCAUAGUAGAAAGCUUUGGUGGAGGAGGAAAAGCUUGCAUCACAACAAGAGCUUAUCCUACUUUGGCCAUCAACGAUAAUGCUCAUAUAUUUGCUUUCAACAAUGGAUCCCAAGAUGUUGAGAUCUCCUGUAUGAGUGCUUGGAGUCUAAACCAGGCUCAGAUCAACUAACCAAUAAGUUUAUAAGGGAUGAUCAUUAUCUUCCUAAUCAAUUUUAAGUUAAAACUCUUUUAAGUUUUUUAAUUCACCAUCAUUGAAAGAUUUGGAGGUACGAAGAAAGGUGUUCAUCAUUUUAUUUUACAGCUUGUUUGGAUGAUUGUAACCUAUUAUAUUGUAUUGUUAUUUUGAAUGCAA